AUGGCCUCCACCUCUGCCAAAGAACCUCCUGUGGUUGCGGCCGCCAGCCCAGAGGGACCAUGCAAAGCCUCCAACGCCAACUUCAGCAUUGCCGGCAUGCAAAACCCGUACGUGCGCGCAGCGCUCCCAUUUAUCAACGGCGGUAUCGCCGGCAUGACAGCAACAGUAGUAAUCCAGCCCGUCGACAUGGUGAAAGUUCGUCUUCAACUCGCCGGCGAAGGCGCAAAGACUGGACCCCGCCCAUCUGCCCUCGGAAUCACCCGCGACAUCAUCGCCUCCGGUAAAGCCUUGGAUCUCUACACGGGUCUCUCAGCCGGUCUCCUCCGCCAAGCAGUCUACACUACCGCUCGCCUGGGCCUCUUUGAAACAUUCAUGAAAUCCAUCAAAAGCAAGGCAGACGAAGCAAACCGCAAAGUAACCUUUGCCGAGCGCGCGGGUGCAGGUCUCUCGGCCGGUGGUCUCGCCGCAAUGAUAGGUAACCCAGCCGAUCUCGCACUCGUACGCAUGCAAUCCGACGGUCUGAAACCUCGCGAGGCGCGCGCAAACUACAACUCUGUCUUUGAUGCGCUGGGUCGUAUCACGAGAGCCGAGGGAAUCACCGCGUUAUGGGCCGGUGCCCUUCCAACCGUGAUUCGCGCCAUGGCUCUGAACAUGGGACAAUUGACUUUCUUCGCGGAAUCCAAGAGCCAGCUUAAGCAACAUACCACUCUUUCACCUGGGACUCAGUCCUUCGCUGCAUCUGCCAUUGCAGGGUUCUUUGCUAGUUUCCUUUCCUUGCCGUUUGACUUUAUCAAGACUCGUCUGCAGAAGCAGCAGAAGGAUCCAAAGACGGGCAAGCUGCCAUACAAGGGCGUUUUGGAUUGCGCACGCAAGGUCGUUACAGAGGAGGGUUGGCUGCGUUUCUAUCGUGGCUUCGGUACAUACUACGUGCGGAUCGCUCCUCAUGCGAUGGUAACCCUCAUUGUUGCCGAUUACCUCAACCUUAUCACCAAAUAG